AUGGGUAACAACAAACGUGCGCUUUCGGAAACUGAGAAGCUGCUGAAGAAGCAACCUGACUUCUUGGCGGCAAAGGCCUUGAAGACAUUGUCACUCAUUCGUCUGGGACGAAUGGAUGAGGCGAAACGAUUGCUGGAGGAAAUGACGGAAAAGUCGCCUGAAGAGCCAUUCACGCUACAGGCACUGACGUAUUGCUACGGAGAUUUAGGACAGCCCGAGAAAGUCAUAACGCUGUAUGAACGAGUGGUGAAGAAUCAAUCGAAAAAUGAGGAGUAUCUGUCUCAUCUGGCGAUGGCAUAUGCGCGUGUUGGUGAUUACCGCAAAUUGUGCCUCACGGCAAUGCAUCUAUACAAAUUGAAACCCAGCAAGAGUUUUUACUACUGUUGGGCAGUCAUGUGCAACAUCAUUCAGGCGUACAACGAUCCAGAGCUUGCUCAAACAAUGUACCUACCUCUUGCAGAGAAAAUGACAAGAAAGUACCUGGCUGAAAACACACUGCUCGUGGAAGAAGGUAAAUAGUA